AUGCGGACCUCCCUGCUCGCCAUUCUGUUGAUCAGUUGUUCUUGGCGUCGCUUCAAGUUUGGUUGGCGCGCGAUCGACGGCACCCAUCAUAGUUCUGAUUUUUUAGGUCUCAGUCCAGCCAUCUGGUGGGGUUUCCCGCCGUCCCAUAAGUGGCAGGCCAGGGUUGAUGAUUGCACCAUCAUCCUGCCGGAGGAGCUACGGGCGUCCUGUGGCCUGCGGCAUGGUUUGGAUGGAAUUGUUCCCGAGGGGUGGAUCAUCGAAGUACCCUCAGGGAUUUCAAGACGUCGUCUUCUCAUUUACCAGUUCUCCCUGUACUACCCGCAUUAUGCAGUGCCAGAGACCACGUUGGCAUCGGGCAUUGCAAACGCGUGGUCAUAUGAAGCCGCUAUAGCACAAAUUGUUUCAAGUUCAGAGCGGUCGUGA